CAUUGUUAAUGUGAUAAUGUGAAAGUAAAUAAUGUGUGAAUAUGUAUAUAGUAACGCGCUUAUGUUAGUUAUCAAGCUGAGACAAGAUACUUUGACACGUACAAAUGAUUGUAAUUCGUUGCACGAACUUUUUGGGCGUUACAAAACAGUGCCUUAUCGUGCGACAUAUGAAGUAUUGAUAUCUUAAAUUAUGAUCUUGUUAUCAUAUUAUUUAUUCGAAAUUUAUUGGCAUGUAUCUGUCAACUGUCAAUUAUAAAACGCGUUCAGAUAUUCUCUUCUUUAUUCCGUUUUAAUGUUACAAUUAGAAAAAUGCUAUGGCGUCCUCAGGAUCAUAUAAUGGGGAUGCAGAGACAGAGAGUGAUAAGUUUGAAGGUUCUAAAAUUGAUCGACAUGGUUUCCUUCAAGAUUCCAAUUGUAGCUCUGACAGCCUUGUUAAACAAGGAUUACCACCAGAGGUAAUGCUUAGAAGGGAACGAAAAUGGAUACAGAUGUUGAACAAUUGGAGUUAUUUCAUGAAUACAAAUUACCGUAAAGUUAGAGAAAGAUGUAGAAAGGGUAUUCCACCUUCAGUAAGACUUCGUGCAUGGCUAAAUCUUUGCGGAGGUCAAUUGCUAAUGGAUACAAACCCAAAUUUAUUUGAAGAGUUGGUGGAGCGAUCUGGUGAUCCAAAGUAUAUAGAUGAUAUCAAAAAAGAUCUUCAUCGUCAAUUUCCACAUCAUAUAAUGUUUAUUGGAGAAGCUCCUGGACAGGAGGAACUGUUCAAAGUAUUGAAAGCUUAUUCUAUUUUAAAUAGUAAAGUUGGUUAUUGUCAAGCUCAAGCACCUAUUGCUGCAUUUUUACUGAUGCAUAUGCCAGCAGUACAAGCAUUUUGGUGCCUUGUUGCAAUAUGUGACAAGUAUUUAAUUGGAUAUUAUAGUCAAGGAAUGGAAACAUUAUUACGCGAUGGAGAUAUUUUAUUUGCUCUUUUGAAAAGAGUGUCUCCCAUUGCUUACAAACAUUUGAAAAAACAAAAGAUGGAACCAAUCUUAUAUAUGACCGAAUGGUUCUUAUGUGUUUAUACGCGAACACUGCCAUGGGAAAGUAUUCUACGAGUGUGGGAUAUGUUCCUUUGUGAAGGUGUUAAAAUUAUUUUUAAAGUUGGACUAGUUUUGUUAAAAGGCAGCUUAGGACGCACAUCUCUUACUAAGCGCUGUCCGACAGUUUAUGAAACGCUUCAAGUAUUAAGAAAUCCUCCUCAGGAUAUUAUGGAAGAAGAAGCUUUAGUUUAUCAGAUUCGAAAAUUAAAUCUAACCGAAGAAGAUUUCGAAUACGAACAUCAACGUCAAGUAUUAAAACGGAAAGCUGCAGAGCAGGCAUCUCUUUCCACUGCCAAUCGGACAGACUGAUUACAAAAGAAUAGAUAGCAUGUAAAGUGAAUAAUGAGCUUACAGGUAUUAUUCCAAAGUGUGCCUUCCUUUAUAUACGUCAUAUUGUACAGGUCGUAAAAUAUAAGCAAGUAUAGUUUUACAAGACAUAGAAGUACAUAUAGAAAAGUUUGAAAAGUACCUAACUUCUUUAUUAUAAAUUUAGAUAGUUCUUGAAUGUAAUCACAGAUACAUAUACAUUCCCCAAAUAGAUCACAGAAAAUAAUUUAUCCCUAUUUUCUCUACCAUAACUAAGAUUAUAAAAAUACACAAUGCACAAUACUUGUAGAUGUUUCUAGUAUCGUUUAAUGUUGUAUUAUUUGGAGCAUAUCUCUAGUUGUACAAUUUCAUACAAUUUUAUUAAUACAUAUUUAUGUACAAAAAAGGAAUUGUAAAACAUUACAUUUUUUAAGGAACAAAAUUUAGAAAUACUAUAUACUGUUAUCAAAUAAGAAUUGUUUUGUUUAGCUCACUGUUGUUUUUGUUAAAAUUUAUCUAACUAUAGUGACAAAUGAUGUAAUUAAAUAGAUGUUAUGAAUAUA